AUGGAUUCGAAACUUGUAGGCAAAAAUAUUCUUGUGAUGGUUGAAGAAAAUGAGCAACUAACCAUUCCUACAUUCAUCGCAUUCAUAAGACAAGAGUUUGGAUACACCAUCACAUAUCGUAAAGCAUUGCUGGAAAAACAAUGGGCCCUCAAGCAGGUAUAUGGUAAUUGGGAAGAGUCAUACAACAUAAUUCCUAAAUUCCUACAAGCUUUGCAACUUUUCGUCCCUGGCACAAUUGUCAGGAUUCAAACUAUUCCUGCAUUGGACAAGUCCAACCAACCAAUCCCAAACAAGGUCAUAUUCCAUCGACUUUUUUGGUCAUUUAAGGCAUGCAUUGAUGUGUUUGCAUUUUGUAAACCCAUUGUGCAAAUCGAUAGAACAUGGCUAUACGGAAGAUACAAAGGGAUGUUGUUAAUUGCAGUUGAACAAGAUGGCACUAACAACAUAUUUCAAUUGGCAUUUGCCAUUGUCGAGGGUCAGACAGCAGAUGGGCACAAGUCAAUCAAAAGUGCAUACAGACGACCUGAUAGUGGAUGGAAGUAG